AUGCAGACCAAGGAGAAGGAGUUCGACGAGAAGAUCCAUCAGAUUCAUCACACAUUUCAGAACGCAGGGGAACAGCUCGUUGUGCGGGACCACAUCAUCUCCCACCUAAAAGAGGAACUGACAGGUCUGCGUGCGGAGGCGGCGCGGAUACCGAAAGAGUACCAAGCGCGAGAGGAAAAGCUACUGCUGCGUGUGGAAGCCAUGAUGACUGAGCUCUCAGAAGAGCAGAACCGUGCCCACCACUCCCGUCGCACUGCCGAGGAGGAGGUGCGUGCUGUCCGUGACUCUUUGCAGACAACUGAGCAACAGCUAGCACAGCAACAGCGCAUGUCGGACGAUCUACUGCGACAACUUCGUGCGAGUGACAAGGUACUUCAAGAAGAAAAGAAGCGGCACACCGCAGCGCUUGCGGAGUGUCGGAGCACCUACGAGACCAAACUCAAUGAGCUGCAGCGGACCUUCCGCACCAUGGAGAAGCAGGUGGCCAAGUCGCAGUCGCGUCUGGAGGAUAUGGAGAAAGACCGCUGCCAGCAGCAGGCAAAACUACUAGAACUGGAGCUCAGCGGCCGACGACGAAUCUCCUCCGAGACGAUCAAGGCCAAGGAGCUCCUUGCUGAAAACGAAGCCCUGCGCGAGGAGGUGGAAGCCGUGCGCCUCAGUAUGGCGCGUUUGCUGAGACUGAUGAGCGAGGUGCCCACCAUGUCAGACUACCUAAGAUGGAAUGAACUGAGCAGCGAGUUUGUCUUCCUCGGCUACCCGACUCGGUACUUCGACACAAGUCACCGAGGACGAGGGACGUCCUCGCCGUCACCCAAUUGGCGCACGGGCAGCCGAGGAACUUCUCCCAGGCAGCAGCAGCGCUCUCCAGCGCGGCAUCGUGCUACAGCUGUAGCCGCGGGGGACGACAUCAGCUUCGACAAGCCCGGGCCGUCGAGCCACUCCUCUGGUUGCUAUCAGGACGCAAACGUCUCCGGCAUAUCUGCGGGUGACACGGGCGUCGAGGAUGGGGUCUACGCCGGCGUCGCGGCUUCACUUUCCAAGAAUGUGUGGCUGAACGGUCGGUGGGCUCAGGAGAUGAUCUCUAUCAUCGCCGCAGAGAACAACUUCACUCGGCUGAAACGAAUAAAGCUGCUAGAGCUGGAGGAAGCCGCACAGCUAAGCGAGCAGUUGCCAUCUGCGCGCGACGUACUUGAGUGCCGCCAGCCGGAGCAUCAUUACUGGAUCCCCUACGCAGUCUUCAUGGAGGCGCAGACAUUCAAGAACAAGUACUACCCAAAACUUCCCGCCAUGUCGCACUUUUCUCCUUUUUUAAUUCAACUCAACAAGAUUUGGCGUUCGAAGUUGCAGGACCGACUCCGCGUCAUGCAGCAGCAGCAGCAGCAGCAGCAGCACUCUCAAGCGCGGCGCCGUGCCACUGAUGAGAAUCGGUUUGCUACUCGCACGCGAACUCGUGAAAGAGAUGUAGGCGACCAGGGGAGUAGCUCAGUAAGUCGGCUGACAAGUCGCUGCACCGUCGCAUCUAUGCCAAAUCCUGGUGAGCUGUUUUCGGAGUGGGCGCGGCAAGAAGCUCGCGUGGACGAUAUUCAUGCGGAGCACCAUCGCCUGCGCCGCGAGGUGCGCCUCCAUGUCAGUAGCCAAAAAAGCCUGCAGCUCUUUCGGCUGUACGACGAGCUUGUGCGUGGCGCCCAUCAAACCCUCAGCGAAGUCCUUCGACUGGCAGAGAACCUCUACGACAGUGCGUCGGCUCAGCGCGUGUCCGAGUCAGAGGAGCGAAAGCGCACAGCUUCCAGCACGCUUCGUGAGAUUCAGCAACAGGCGCAAACAAGUGCGGAGAUGGCUGACCUGGCCGCGGCGCGCGACCGGCUCGUAAGCGUCGUGGAUCACACGUGUCAGCAGGUAUGCAAUGUUGGAGACUCGUUGUCCACGAGAAUGAUGUCCUACUACAGUGACCUGCACCAACUCAUUCACAUGCUACACCACCACAUUCGCCAGGCGCGUGAACGCAGUCAUCACAAGAUGCGUGAGCAAGCUAGCAGUGAUGGUACGGGAAGCAUCAGCAGCGCUAGCAGCUCCACCGCCCCGUGGUCUAGAGCCGCCGUCAAUACCGUGUUGUCUACCGAAGAACUUCAUAAGCAACUUCGCGAGGCUCUCCUCGACCAGUACGGAACUCCCCGCGGCACCGGCGCCGAUGCGGAUCAUGCUGCGGCGGCGCCCAGCGCAAUCAGCAGCGAUGCGCUAUUGAAGCUGGCCGCCAGCAUACUGGACUUCGCCGAAGAAAUACGCCGCGAAGUGACUCAAGCCGCCACUGCCCUUCGCGUAGUGACCAAGCAGGCCAUGAGAGACACAAAGCAGUUUCAAGGUGCAUAA